CAUUCCAAAACCCAACCCUCUCAUCCCAGAACCCUCCAAAACCACUCAUUCAAAUACAGCCGAUCCAGAAGCCCCGGGCCCCCCACGUGACCGCGCGCACGUGCCGCGGGCGCCCAAGCUCGCUUCUCCACGCGCCCAGCGUCAGCUCCAACACCACCAUGUCCCUCGAGAAGAAAAUCAUCAACUUCAUCAAGGGCCCCAAGAAAGGCGAGGCGCACGAGUUGCGCGCCGGGCUCGUGUCGCAGUACAAGCUCGAGCGCAAGGACGCCAUCGAGCGCACCAUCCAGGCCAUGACCGUCGGCAAGGACGUGCUGGCGUUGUUUCCCGACGUGUUGAAGAACAUCGCCACGCACGACUUGGAGCAGAAGAAAUUGGUGUACUUGUACUUGAUGAACUACGCCAAGUCCAACCCCGAGCUCUGCAUCUUGGCCGUCAACACGUUUGUCCAGGACACCGAGGACGUCAACCCGCUCGUGCGGGCGCUUGCCAUCCGCACCAUGGGCUGCAUCCGCGUGGACCGCAUGGUGGACUACAUGGAGCUCCCGCUCCGGCGCACGUUGCGCGACGACAACCCCUACGUGCGCAAGACCGCGGCCGUGUGCGUGGCCAAGUUGUUCGACUUGAACGCGGCCGUGUGCGUGGAGCACGGGUUCGUGGCCCUGUUGAAGGCGCUCGUGCACGACGCCAACCCCAUGGUGGUGGCCAACGCGCUCAGCGCGUUGCACGAGAUCCGCGGCAUGGCCCGCGGCGCGGCGCUGGGGGGGCUUGCCGUGGACCCGGCCGAGCUCGCCGUGGACGCGGCCCAGGCCCGCGUGCUCGUGGCCUGCCUCAACGAGUGCACGGAGUGGGGCCGCAUCUCCAUCUUGGGCUGCUUGGCGGACUACCGCGCGCAGGACGCGGGCGAGGCGCUCCACAUCGUGGAGCGCGCGGUGCCGCAGCUCCAGCACGCCAACGCGGCCGUGGUGUUGGCGGCCAUCAAGGUCAUCGUGCACCAGCUCGACGCGCUCGACGCGGCGCAGCGCCCGGCGUUCUUGCGCAAGCUCGCCGCGCCCAUGGUGUCCUUGGUGUCGCAGGCGCGCCCGGAGGCCCAGUACGUGGGCUUGAAGAACAUCCGCAUCCUCUUGGAGAAGUACCCGCAGGUGUUGACCCGGGAGCUCCGCGUGUUCUUCCUCAAGUACUCGGACCCGCUCUACUUGAAGCUCGAGAAGUUGGAGGUCGUGGUGCGCUUGGCCUGCGACGCCAACAGCGCGUUGCUCUUGGGCGAGUUGCGCGAGUACGCCAUGGAGAUCGAGCCGGCCUUGGUGGCGCGCGCCGUCGCGUGCAUCGCGGCCGUGGCCAUCCAGCUCCCGGCCGCCGUGGUGCCCGCGGCCUCCACGUUGAUCGGCUUGCUCGACCUGCGCGGCGGCCCGCUCCUCGUCAACGAGACCGUGGCCCGCUUGGCCCAGGUCUUGCGCCGCUACCCGCGCCGCAACGACUUGGUCUCCUUGAUCGUGCCCGUGGUCGCCCACCACAUCGCCCAGCUCUCCGACACCCCCGCGCUCUGCGCCUACGUGUUCUUGCUCGGCGAGUACCCGGGCCACUUCUCCGCGGUCCCGGCCAAGUUGCAGCCGUUGGUCGACGGCUUCCUCGCCCACGACCCCGCGCUCCAGCUCGCCGUGCUCACCGCCGUGGUCAAGAUCGCCGUUGCCUCGGGCCUGCCCGCAUACGCGCCCUUCUUGCAGGCCGUGUUGGACAAGGCCACCCACGACUGCGCCGCGCCCGACGUGCGCGACAAGGCCUUCAUCUACUGGCGCUUGUUGUCCUCCUCGCCCGCGGCCGUGCAGAAGGCCGUCGUGGCCUCGCGCCUCCCGCCAAUCAAAACCAUCAUCUCCUCCUUCAACCCCGUGGUCUUGGACGCGCUCGUCAACGAGUUGGCCACCUUGUCCUCCGUGUACCACAAGCCCGCGGCCACCUUCAUUGACCCGGACGCCUACGCAAGCGUCCGCCCGCCGCCCGCCGCGGCCGCCGCCGCGGGCCUCGACGACUUGGCCGCCUUGGCCAAGCUGGAAAUCGUCAACAACGCGCGAAACGAGAACUUGCUCGACUUCGACGACGACGAGUCCCCGGAAUCCGCGCCCAACGCGCCCUCCUCGGCCUUGGCCGACUUGAACGACUUGUUCGCCAUCCCCGCGGCCUCCCCGGGUGACCCGCGGCCCGCGGCCCGCUCCUCGGCCAACGAUAUCAUGGGUCUCUUCGACCUCGCGCCCCCAGCCAGCGCCACCAAAAUCACGAGCGGGGUUGCGAACUUGGAUCUUGCCAGCAGCCCGGGCAACCCUGCGCACAGCGGGCCUUCCUCGGCCGGCGGCAACCUCUUGGAACUCAUAUAA